AUGCCUCCGAAGCGCAUGACAGCGAACCCGCUGAAGCCUUCGCGGCAUAGAGCGGGCAAGCAUACAGGCGCCGAAUCCUCCUCCGACAGCGACGCCGACGAAGCGACCACCGCGCCCGCCGCACCCAUCCCGCCACCGCCCAAGGCCGCGAGCGCGGGCAAGAUCAUCAGCAACCUGAGCAAGGUCGACCUCAAUGCGCGCCGACAAGAAGCGCAAGUCGCCGAAGCACAACGGCUGGCCGCCGAAAAAGCAGAACGGCUCGCUGCCGAGGCCGGCUUUGUCACCGAAGAUGAGAGCGGCGCGGACGACGGCGGCGGCGGCGGCGCCCAGGACGAAGCGGACGAGUCCGACGAGGAAGAGUCGUCCGAAGAAGACGAGGAGAGCAGCGAGGAAGAGGCGCCCCGCCGGAUGAUGCUGCGACCCAAAUUCGUGCCCAAGAGCCAGCGCGGGGGCGGCGGCGACGGCCAGACCCCCGCCGAGGCAGAGGAAGCGGCGCGGCUCGCCGCCGAGACCGCCCGGAAGCAGGCCGCCGACGCGCUCGUCGAGGAGCAGAUCAAAAAGGACCUGGCGGCGCGGGCGGCGGGCAAGAAGCACUGGGACGACGACGAGGACGCGGCGUCGGACGUGGACACGACGGACGGGCUGGACCCGGCGGCCGAGGAGGCGGCGUGGCGCGUGCGCGAGCUCAAGCGGCUGAAACGCGCGCGCGCGGCCAUUGAGGAGCGCGAGGCGGAGCUGGCCGAGGUGGAGCGGCGGCGGAACCUGACGGCGGAGGAGCGGGCGGCCGAGGACGCCGCGUUCCUCGCGCAGCAGCAGCAGGAAAAGGACGCCAAGGGCACCAUGGGCUACAUGCAAAAGUACUUCCACAAGGGCGCCUUCUUCCGCGACGAGGCCGAGGCGGCCGGCCUGCUGCAGCGCGAUCUCAUGGGCGCGCGCAUCGCCGACGACGUGCGCAACCGCGAGGCCCUCCCCGAGUACCUCCAGCGCCGCGACAUGACCAAGCUCGGCCGCAAGGGCGCCACAAAGUACAAGGACAUGCGCACCGAGGACACGGGGUCCUGGGGCGCCGACAGGGACCGGAGAGGAGGCGCUGGCGGCGCCCGCGGCCGCUUCGAGGAUGACAGGUUCAGGACCGAGGAUGAGCGCUUCCGCCCGGAUGACCACCUCGCCGGCGGCAAGGGCGCGAAUGCAAUGCCGCUGGGGGAGAGGCGACGGGAUGGUGACGGCAGGCGGUCGCGGUCGCCGAGGCGCGAGGGGAGGGACGAGGACCGUGGGAGCAGGAAGAGGAGCAGGUCGCGGGAGCGUGGCGAGGACAAACGACGAAGGGUGGAAGCAGACCGGUAG